UGCAGGUCACAAGUCACAACUAAACGAAAUUCACUACAGGAUGGCAGUGAGUUUGAUGCCAACGCCGCCAAUCCUCUUUAGCAGCCCCUCCUUCGCAUCUGCCAUCGCAACGGGUGGAUACUACUCUUCUCAUCUCCCUCUCCGAGCAUCUCCACGCCCCUGCAUCCCCCAUGUCCAAGCAUCACCUGCGGCGGCGAAAGCUACACCAUCCUCUAGUAUUGAACACAAAACAGCAGAUGAGGACUAUGAUGACGUUGCUCCGAAGACGUUGUCCAGCUAUGGGCCCUCUCUGUGGGGUGACUACUUCCUCAACCACGAGCCAAAACCACUGCAGAGGUCGGAGAAAUGGAUGAGUGCAAGAGUUGACAAAUUAAAGGAGGACGUCGACAUGUUGUUUAAGAGUUGCAACUGCACAGUGGAAAGAAUGACCUUAUUGGACACUGUCCAACGUCUCGGGAUAGAUCAUCACUUUAAGAAACAUGUUGAUACUACGUUAAGUCAAAUUUUUGAGGAUGAAUUCAGUAGCUCUAGCCUCCAUCAGGUUGCCCUUCGGUUUGGCUUGCUUAGGGAGCAUGGUCUUUGGGUGUCUUCAAAUGUUUUCGACAAAUUUAAAAAUGAAGAUGGGAGCUUUAGGGAAGAUAUUACUAGUGACCCGAAGGGACUUUUAUGUCUAUACAACGCAGCUCAUCUUCUCAUUCAUGGUGAGUCAUCACUAGAAGAAGCUAUCUCUUUUUCAAGGCAUCAUCUUCAAUUGAUGAGGGACACUCUCAAGUCCCCUUUAGCCGAGCAAGUCAAACGUGCCCUUCACAUGCCAUUGUCAAGGACGUUUAAGAGGAUGGAAACACUGCAUUAUAUCUCUGAGUAUAAGCACGAGGAAGGACAUAACCCAACUCUGUUGGAGCUAGCGAGGCUGGAUUUUAACCUUCUACAGCAUGUCCACUUGAAGGAACUCAAAUAUCUCACUAAGUGGUGGCGCGAUCUUUACAGAUAUGUCGGGCUAAACUAUGCUCGGGACCGUCUGGUCGAGGGUUACAUUUGGUGCUAUGCGGUAUACCAUGAGAAAGAUUUUGAAUUGUCCAGAAUAUUUCUUACGAAGCAAUUGAUGCUUAUUUCCCUGAUGGAUGACACAUAUGAUUCCCAUGCCACCAUAGAGGAAUGUCGAUUGCUAAAUGCGGCCAUACAAAGGUUUGUUAAAUUUGGAUUUGAUUUACAUCCAUGUGUCAAGAACUAACAUAGAAUCAAUUUCUAUUUAGUUUUUCAUUGACUCGUUUUCAUGCAAUGUAAUUCGACAUAUAGAUGGGAUGAGAGUGCCACUUCUCUUGUACCCAACUACCUUCAAAGAUUCUAUAUUGAAUUGUUGAGGAUAUUUAAUGAAGAUAAGUGUGAAGUGGCCAUUCGUGACACCUACCAUGUUGCCUAUGCCCGGAAAGCGUUUCAAGAUCUAUCAGCUUAUUAUCUCCAAGAAGCUGAAUGGUUACACCAGAAUCACAAGCCAAGCUUCAAAGAUCACAUGAGUUUAUCUGCCAUGUCCAUAGGAUCACCAACAUUAUGUAUAGGUUUGAUGGUUGGCAUGGGUGAUCUAGUGACGAGGGAAUCAUUUGAGUAGGCAGCUGGUUACCCUAAUGUCGCCAUAUCAUGCGGGAAGAUAGCACGUCUAAUGGAUGACAUUGCUGCAUUUAAAGGUGGGAAGGCCAAGGGAGAUAUGGCAACGUCUAUAGAGUGUUACAUGGUUGAGCACAGGGUCACAAGUGCGGUUGCCAUUUCCAAGAUCGUUUCACUGCUAGAAGAUGAAUGGAAAAUUCUAAAUCAAGCUCUCUUUCAACAUCACGCACAGAUCCCGGUGGUGCGGAGGAUUAUUAACUUUGCUAAUAGCAUGCCAUUAUUCUAUGCUGAGAAAGACGCAUGUACCUUCAACAUCCAUCAUAAGGAUACCGUUGAGAGCCUCUUUGUUGAAACCAUUCCCAUGUAGGCUCUAAUAGGUUGUGUGGCAGUUUAUCUUUAGUAAAGAUGCCAUUGUGCACCAUGACGUGUUAACUGGAGCUUGUGCA